UGCGUCUGCCGGCGCUGUCAUUCUGCUGCUGCGCGGUUCGACGGCAGGAGGGUGUGCUGAAGGGAGGAGGAGUGUGGAAAAAACUGAGGAAAGGAGAACAGGAGAGAAGGAGAGAAAGGGAGCGCCUGGGCAGCACUGCAACAGCUGCAGCCGCAGCAGCCUGUCAGAAGGACGGAGGGAAAGGAGGCAGAGGGAAGAAAGAGAAGGCUGCAGGAUUGCCUUAAAGGAAACAUUAUUUUUUUUUUGCAUUGGAAGAAGGGUUUGUGUAAGGAAGCCAUAUUUCUCCCCACUCAUGCUUUUCUAUAUGGUCUCAUGCAGGGGGCAUGCUUGGAAAUAGUGUGAAAGGCAGAGAAGGAGAUUUGAAAAUGGAAAGGACGGACAGCACAAAGGCAUACGGCCAAGCAGAUGGCAAAGGAGUUGGUAUGGCAGCGAAGAGGGCAAAGUCUGGAGUGCCCCAGAGCACGCAGCGGGGUGAACUGAAGGUUUACCGGGUGGGUAGCUCCGAGGGCAGGAUACCGGUGCCAUCCAACCUCCGCAAGCAGAGGUCUAUGACAAACCUUGCUGUGCUGACCGAUGCUGAGAAGAAGUUGCAUCUCUAUGAGCCAAAGUGGUGCGAUGACAUGGCCAAACCUGGAGCAGGGCAGACGAAGAUGGGCAAGCCAAAGACAGCAGGAGGUGGCCCCGGUGCCGGAGGGGUUUCCCCUCUCUCUCGAAACCUAUCCAAGUCGGAACAUUCGCUGUUCCAGGGCAAACCCAAGCCCUUCAGCCCUCUGGCUGCUCCCUCUGCCCUGAGCAAGCAGAGCCGCAUACCUCGUGGUCCUUAUGCCGAGGUGAAGCCCCUGAGCAAAGCACCUGAGGAUGGAAAGUCAGAUGACGAGAUCCUCUCCAGCAAAGCAAAGGCCAACGCUAAGAAACAGGGAGCUGGUGCUGGAGGGGAGUCUGGUUCCAAAGGCCAGGGGGAGGAAGGGGGAGACAAACCCUUCCUGAAGGUGGACCCAGAGCUGGUGGUGACAGUGCUGGGCGACCUGGAACAGCUGCUCUUCAGUCAAAUGUUAGACCCCGAGUCUCAGAGGAAACGGACGGUGCAGAAUGUCCUCGACCUUCGCCAGAAUUUGGAGGAUACCAUGUCCAGUCUGCGGGGGUCCCAGCUCAGCCACAGCUGCCUGGAAAGCAGUAACGUGGGAUAUGACAGUGACGAGACCAAUGCCCGCAGCAUAUCCAGCAUGUCCAACCGCUCCUCCCCUCUCUCCUGGCGCCACGGCCAGUCCAGCCCCCGUCUCCAGGCGGGCGACGCCCCGUCCGCCACAGGUGGAGGAUACCAGGGGAGUAAGGCUGCCUCCCAGUACACGGCCCACACGAUGCCGGCUCGCACCCCGGGCCGCCUCAGCAGUGCGUCUCGCAUCGAGCUCAUCGAAGGCCUGGAUGACGGCGACCUUAAGUCUGGUUAUCUGAGCGACAGUGACCUUCUGGGAAAGAGCCUGCCGGAUGACGAUGACGACAACCUGGCUAACGGCUGGGACGAGAGCAGCUCCAUAAGCAGCGGCCUCAGCGACGGCGAUGGUUCGGACAACCUCAGUUCAGAGGAGUUCAACGCCAGCUCCUCUCUCAACUCCCUCCCGACCACGCCCCUGGGCUCCAGACGCAACUCUUCGGUCAUGCUCCGCACUGAUGCAGAGAAGCGCUCCAUGGUGGAAAGCGGACUGUCUUGGUUCAGCGAGGACGGCAAAACCAUCCACAAGCUGGAGAGCUGCAGCUAUGAAACGGGGAGUCUCAAGACAGAGGCCCCGAGCAAGUGGAGGAAGAAGCCUCCAAGCCUCAGUGAAGAUCCAGGGAGUAAAGGGGAACUGAAGAAGCCGCAGAGUUUGGGUCAACCAGGGAGUUUCAGGAAGGGUCGUAAUCCCCCUGUGGGCGUCACCUCCCCCAUCACCCACACAUCGCAGAUCAUGCUCAAAGUCGCAGCACCUAAAAGUGAGAGGCCACUCGACAAAUCCAAGAUGUCCAUUAAAACUGCUGGUCUGCAACGGUCUCGCUCCGACGCUGGCCGGGAUCACCACGGAGAGCACCGCAAGCCUCCGUCAGGUUUAGUUAAACCCUCUGCUGGAGCGUCCUUUGGGUAUAAGAAGCCACCGAUAGCCACUGGCACCGCCACUGUUAUGACAGCAGGGGGCACCACCAUCUCCAGUGGCUCUGCUACCGUGGGGAAAAUCCCCAAGUCCUCUGGCAUCCCCAUGAAGCCUGUGGGUGGAGGGAUACCAACAGGUCGGAAGAACAGUUUUGAUGCCAGCAGUGAGCAGAACUUCCCAGGGCCAAUUGCCCGAAACAGCAUUCAAUACCGCAGCCUGCCUCGACCGGCCAAAUCGAGCACGUUUAGUGUGAUUGGUCGCCCGUCAGGUCGGCCUGUCAGCGGCACCAUUGACCCCGGCCUGUUGAGCCUGAAGCCUGUGCCCAUGGCCUCCGCAGGCCCCAGGCUCAAAGAGCUGAGUAGCUGCGGCAGUAAGAUGUCGACUCGAACCAGCACAGGCCCGGUGAACCAGACAGACCGAGAGAAGGAGAAGGAGAGGGCCAAGGCGAAGGCUGUGGGCGCUGACAUGGACUGCGGCUCCCUGAAGGGAGACGACACUCGGUCUGGGACGGCAGGAGAGUCCACUGUCAAACUGCACGGCCUGAGACGGACCAGCAGCGGCAGAUACCCUGAGCUGUCUUCACCCACCACACCAAGAAUGCUGCACACGAAAACUCUGGGUCGCCCCCCCAGCCUGGCUCACCUGGACAAGGUUAACUCGAACAGCCUUGACUCCUGCGUGACCAUUCAUGACCUCCCACCCAAAGUCCCCCCGUACUCCAAGCUUCAGGACUUGGCUGGUUCCCACACCGCCGGCCGUCUCACCCCGAGCCCAGCGCCCAUCCUCCACAUCGAUUCCCCCAGCUCCUACACCAGUGACAGCCUGAGCCUGAGCGGAUCCCCACUGCUCUAUCCCAAGCUGAUGCACCGCAGCAUGGAGUCCCUGCCCCUGACGAUGAGCGUCCCCUGCAGUGCGAGGUUUCUCACAGCCGAGAGGCACGAUAAGCAGGAGAGGACCACGGGAACCUGGGGGGCCGGGAGCAGAACGUCCCUCAACCUCACUGAUAGCUUGCAAGCGGACAGGAACACCUUGCCGAAGAAAGGCUUAGAACGCUACGGCUCAAGCCUGUCGGACAGUGAUGGAAGCAAACCGGGCAGGCGCCACUCCCACACCAUAGCUGGCAUGACGGAGAGCGACAGCCCCCCCCAGCUGCCCUCUCCCACCCGCUUGCUCCACCCCUCAUCCGGCAAGGCUCCUCUCACCAACGUGGUUGCCCCAAUUUCCAGCGGCUCUCCGAGGAUCUCGCGCUCGAACAGCAUCGGCCCCCCCGGUGACUCAGCCGGUGAUCUCUUCGGAACCUCCCCCCUGGGCAGCAGUCUGUCGCUGGCUGACCGGCCAAAAAGCAUGAUGCGGUCGGGGUCUUUCCGUGAACCGGGGGAUGAUGUACAUGGCUCUGUACUGUCUUUGGCAUCCAAUGCUUCAUCCAACUAUUCCUCGAAUGAGGAGAGGAUACAAGGGGAGCAAAUCCGGAAGCUGAGGCGCGAGCUGGAGUCCUCCCAGGAAAAGGUUGCCAACUUGACAAUGCAGCUCUCUGCCAAUCUUGGCCAGGCCAAUCUGGUGGCAGCAUUCGAGCAGAGCCUGGCGCUGAUGACGGCGCGCCUCGAGACCCUGUCGGUCUCCUCGGACCAAAAGCCUCUCAGCCCGACCAGCCAGCCCCAUCCGAGCGCAGAUAGUCCUACCACAAAUCCCCACCUCAGAAGCAUCUUGGUUCAGUUACCCUUCUACGAGCUGACAGGAGGUCAUAUCGAUGUUUCUGCUCUUCAGGACUCGGAGCUCACUGAGCUGAAGGAGACCAUCGACAUUCUGAAGACUCAAAACACAGAGGCCCAAGAAAUCCUUCAUGGGGCUCUCAGUGAUGCAGACAUCACGCCCAAAGAGCUGGUGAUCAAUCGGCAGAACUCGUCAGAGAGCAUCUCCAGCCUGGCCAGCACCACCAGCCACUCCAGCAUGGGGAGUCUGAAAGAGCAGGAGGCCAAGAAGAAGAAGAAGAAGAGCUGGGUCUUUGAGUUGCGCAGCUCCUUCAACAAGGCCUUCAGUAAGAAGGCGGGUUCCAAGCCGUCGGGGCCGUAUGCCGACAUCGAGGAGAUCGCCACCCCAGAGUCCUCUGCACCUUCCUCCCCCAAGGUCCACCAUAUCAGUGACGAUCCCUCAGCCACAAUAAGAUCCUCGACCUCUGCAUCAUCAUCCGGACUGUGUGAAGGAGGUGAUGAGGAGGCGGAUGACAAGGUCGUGACAGGGCUGCGUACAGAGCUGUGGCAGAAGGAGCUAAAACUGACAGACAUCCGCCUGGAAGCUCUGAGCUCUGCUCAUCAGCUGGAGCAGCUGCAGGAGGCCAUGAACGGCAUGCAGAAGACAGUGGAGAACCUGAAGGCUGAGAACGACCACCUGAAGACGGGUACUUCGUCCCCCUGUCCGUCCCCCGGACCCUCCAGCUCCGUCUCCCAGUCCUCAGGUCUCGCCACGCUGGAAGGUUCCUCGCCGCGACAGUCAGUGGCCUUGCAAAUGCCAAAAAGCUUCAGCAGAGGGCUGAGUGAAGGGGGCUCAGACGUCCACACUGCAGAGUCCCUCAGCCUUUCCUCGCAGAGGGACGAUCACCGUGUCCGGGUGGUGGUUUGUGUUGCGGACCUGCACGUCUUCAAAGAUGAGGUGAAACAACAGGAUUUCUUCGUGGGCACCGUCCGGGUGAACGGCAGGAUGGACUGGACCAUGCUGGACUCGGCCGUCAGUCAGGCUUUCAAGGUGUACAUAGCCAAAGUUGAUCCCACCUCCAGCCUGGGCCUCUCCACCGACUCCAUUUACAGCUACAGUAUGGGCCACAUCAAGAGGGUGCUCGGAGGAGACGCCCCUGAAACGCAACCCUCUCGCUGCAUGUCCCGAGGCCCCAGCAGCAUCACCGUGUCUCUGAAAGGUUUAAAGGAGAAGUGUGUGGACAGCCUGGUAUUUGAAACGCUCAUUCCCAAACCAAUGAUGCAGCACUACAUCAGUCUGCUGCUCAAACACCGCCGCCUCAUCCUGUCCGGGCCCAGCGGGACGGGGAAGUCCUACCUCGCCUCCCGCCUGGCCGAGUACCUGGUGGACCGCAGCGCCCGCGAAGUCACCAACGGCAUCGUGGUCACUUUCAACAUGCACCGCCAGUCGUGCAAGGAUCUGCAGCUUCAUCUUUCCAACCUGGCCAAUCAGAUUGAUCGAGAAACCAGCACCUCAGAAAUACCGCUGGUGAUCAUUCUGGAUGAUGUUCACAAUCCUGCCUCCAUCAGCGAACUUGUCAACGGUGCUCUCACCUGCAAAUAUCACAAAUGUCCUUACAUUAUUGGAACAAGCAACCAGCCAGUGAAGAUGAUUGCGAACCAUGGACUUCACCUCAGCUUCAGGAUGGUGACCUUCUCCAACAACGUGGAACCAGCCAACGGCUUCCUGGUGCGAUACUUGCACAGGAAGAUGAUGGAGUCGGAGAACGAGAGGAACCUGACCAACGAGGACCUGAUCAAGGUGUUGGACUGGGUCCCCAAACUCUGGUAUCAGCUGCACGCCUUCCUGGAGAAGCACAGCACAUCAGACUUCCUCAUUGGUCCGUGUUUUUUCCUGUCAUGUCCGGUCACAGUGGAUGAGUUUCGAUCGUGGUUUAUUGAUCUUUGGAACCACUCUAUUAUCCCAUACCUGCAGGAGGGGGCCAAGGACGGCAUCAAGGUGCACGGCCAGAAGGCGGUGUGGGAGGACCCAGUGGAGUGGGUGAGGGGCACUCUGCCUUGGCCGUCCGCCCAGCAGGACCAGGCCAAGCUGUUCCACCUUCCUCCCCCCAGCAUCGGCUCCAGCAGCCCCGGUCAACCCCUCGAGGAGAGGCCUCACAAGGAGACUCCGCCCAGCUCCAUGGAAUCCGAUCCGCUGAUGGCAAUGCUUUUGAAACUUCAAGAGGCUGCCAAUUACAUUGAAUCCCCAGACAAAGAAGAUCCUAGUCUGCCUAAACUUUGAACACAAAGCCCCAAAUCAAACACUCAGCACUUCAGAUCUUAUUUUUCUGUACGCUGCACGGACACAGUGCACAUACAGGAACGUGUGAACCCUCAGAAAAUGGUUGUCGGGGGGGAUUUAAACUCUCAUUUCCACAGUAGGUUAACAAUGAAGCUGGGUUAUUACAGAUCCUUUUAAUAUGUGCAGUAUUUUCAAAAACUGCUCAAGCGUUGAAUGAAAACUUAUAUAUAUUCUAUAACUUCAUUACAUAUUUAACCCUUUAUUAGCCCUCCGUCGUGUCAGAUCGGUGCUAAUAGAUCACCAGGAAUCUCAUCGUCUCAGCACUUAAACUUCAGGUGAUUUCUGCAGCAGCACACACACGAUUCAUCCUGCAUUGUGACCAAGUGCAUCAUGGGAUACGGUGUUCCUGUCAACAAGCGCUGUUCUCAUCCAACGGUAAAAGACAAAAAAAGAGUAUGACAGCAUGCCAGAAGCUCCUGUUUGUUGCAAAGUGCUCUGGUACAUAUCUAGUGUUAAAGUCUCUGAAGGCCAAACUUAUAUAUGCAAUCCUGAACUUCACAGCCCAAGCAGGUGAAACAGAUAAAAUGCCUUAAAAAUAUAAGACAUCAGCGUCGGCUCGACUUCAGCAGAGUAAACUGGUGCUUUCAUCCAUAUCAUCCCGGCUGAAACAGUUAUCUCCUCGACUCUAUGCUUUAUUUAUUUCAAAUUAUCAUUUUUAUUUUACACAAAGAAAUAGAUAAACAACAACGUGGAAUUAUUCUUUAAGUUGACACAUAUUUUAACAUCUACUUGUCAGGUUUCUAAAUUAAACUUGCUGUCAUACUCUUUUACAUACAAAAUGUUAUUUAUUUGCGAUGUGGGUUCGUGGGAUUGUCGUACCAUUCCAACUUCUUAAUUUAGUUUCUAUUUAAUUGCUUUAUGUUUAAACAAGUUGUCACCAAUGUUGCCAUAUAUAUCAGGUAUUAGAUACUUAUUACACAGGGAUAAUACAUAUACAUAACAUAACAAACACCCGAUUGAGAAAAUGCUAUUUGAAUCCAAUUCAGAUUUCUUACAGAAAGAGUAUGGUGUGUUUGAUUCGAAUCUUUCCCCUCAUGUAUCAGAGUAGUAACUGUAUAUAUAUAAUGUACAUACAAUCAGACAUCACAGUUAUUUUAUCUACCAUUAGUUGGUGCAAAUAUCUAAUAUACUGAACCAAAUACUGUACUUUAAUCAUGCGUAUUGAUUGUCGAGUAAAGGGUUUAAGUUUAACUAUAAAAAACAGUAUUCAUCCUCCAGUAGGUGCUUUUAAAGGACGCCUUAAUACAAAGCUCCUCCGCAAAACAAAUGGCUGAGAAGAGUGACUUUUUAUGCCCAUUCCAUGUGCAGCAGUUCACACACACUCGUCACUCAUGCUUUUCUCAUCAUUUAGGUUCGUACGGUGCUCUUAAACAACGUCCCAGACUGUUUUAAUGUCAAAUAAAGGUUAUGUAGACUUUCAGGGUAGCUUAGCGAAGAGUUUUCGUGUCUUAGAUCAGUGAAACGCUGGUGAAGUUGAUCUGGAUGAUCGUUUUUUCUAAGGUGACUAAGUGUUGAGGACAUUACGUAGAUGCAGUGAGACGUCAUGUGACGCGUUGUGUGGUGUGUACGCCCAUGUUGAUGUCGUGCAUAUUCUAGAACAUUCUGGGAGCGCAACACAGAAACACAGAAACAAAAAAAGUUUAAAGAGUUAAAAGAGGAAGAUUUAGACACUUUGUAGAUUUUUGUAAAGAAGCCGUUAUCGGGUAAAUGACAGAUAAAGCUUAUGGUUGUGGCGUCGAAAAUGAUUCAUCUGUUCAUCACAAACUACACAUCAACCCUGUAAAUGAAUGUCAGACCACUUUUAAGACAGCUCGAUGAGAAAGUUUCAAACUUUAAAUUGUGUCUGAGCUGCAGAUCGCUUUUUUUUUAUUUAAAUGCACAGAUAGAAUAUUGCCGAAAAAAACUUCACGCUAAUCUGCAGCUCUGAUUGGCUGCCAAAAAAAAAAUGAAUGAAUGAAAUGCAUUACAGAAAAAAGAAAAAGAUGCCAAAUGAUGCCGUUUUAGAAUCAUUUCCGUUAUUGUAAAUAUUCCAGGUCGCAGACAGCGUCCCCCUCCACGAUCUGUUUCCGCAGGUCAGCAAAAGCCAUCGUCCGCCUGUGCUUCUCAUCUCAUUCACUGGUUGUUGUGCCUGUUGCUUUUGUAGCGGUGUAGCUGUGAUUUGUGUUUGCUUACUAGUGCAUCGGGACUAUGCAGCAACUUCUACUGGUGUUGGCGGUCAGCGAAUGUCUGAGCUUUGACGAGCAAAAAAAAAAAACCGCGGGCGUGUUUCCAUCCGGUCUGUCUUUGGGUUCUCGAUUUGGACCAAGGUGCACCAUGGGAUAGAAGUGGGGAGCGUAAUAUACUGAGCCUUAAAAAAUGGAGGAGGAUCCGUUUUGGCAUCAAAGAAUCAGCUGUUUGGAAGCUGUUAUAACGUGUUUCGUCUUUAUGAAUGACAACAAAGUUAAUGCAACUGGUCAAAUGACGAUAAAGAAAUUAAAAAAAUCAAGCAAUGAGCCUGAUGUAGUUGGCAAAAUGAAUCUGCUCUUCACAGUUAGUUGAUUUUCAAGUAGAAUCAAACCUGAUAAUGAGGUAAAUCUAAUAUCUUCAGGCCAAUACAGGUUGCUGAAUAGUCAUAUUUUUGCAAAGCUUGUUGUGGACUAAACUAUGAUUCCAAAAAAAAGCUGUUAUGCGGUAUCUAAUGUCACUGACGUGCAAAUGUUAGGGGUUUCUAAGUGUUGUAAAUGCAUGUAAACCUGCUGUGUGAUGAGGAAAAUAAAAAUGUUAGAAUUGACGUAUUGUUUAGGAAAAUCACUCUUGAUGAUGUUUUCCUUUUUAAUACUCAGAUAUUUGAUAUUUCUUUUUUUUUUUUCUUUCUUUUUUUUUCUAAAGAAUCCUUUGUAAAACUUAAUUUCUCUAUUUUGUACAGGGCAUCAUUGUAAAGAUUGUAAAUAGGUCGGCGUUCUGGAUGCGGCAACAAUCAUUGAGGAGGAGAAAAAGAAUAUCACUGACAGAAAGGUUUAUUUCUUCAGAGUUGGGUCCGAUACAAGGAUAAGGCUUGUUUGUCUGAAGACUUUCAUCCACCUAUCACUGUUUGUUGGAAUCAAUAAAAUUCAUGUUAUAUUUA